AUGAGGAGCCCUGGCGGGAGCCAGCUCCAAACGCUGCCCCGGCUCCUGCUUCACGCUUCUCUACCCGGCCGCGGCGAACUGCCAUCCCGCUGGGCCCUGCCAGGGACUGCCGGCGGGGACGUGCGGGCGGACCGCCUCCUCCGUGGGGGCGGGGCGAGCGCGGCGGCGGCGGCAGCUGCCGCCUCGGGCGCCCUGCUCGGCGUCUAUCUGGAGCGCCACAGUCCGCCCGCCACCUCGGAGCUGCCGGCGCCGAGCGGGGCCUUCCCUGGCGGCCCCGCGAGCGGCGGCGGCGUGGUGGUCGGCGUGGCAGAGGUGAGGAACUGGCGUUGCUGCUGCCUCGGCAGCACCUGUUGGUGCCGGAGCCUCGUGCUGGUCUGCGUGCUGGCCGCCCUGUGCUUCGCUUCCCUGGCCCUGGUCCGCCGCUACCUGCAGCACCUUCUGCUCUGGGUGGAGACCCUCGACUCGCUGCUGGGGGUACUGCUCUUCGUCGUGGGCUUCAUCUUGGUCUCCUUCCCCUGCGGCUGGGGCUACAUCGUGCUCAACGUGGCCGCCGGCUACCUGUACGGCUUCGUGCUUGGCAUGGGACUGAUGGUGGUGGGCGUUCUUAUCGGCACCUUUAUCGCCCAUGUGGUCUGCAAGCGACUGCUCACCGCCUGGGUGGCCGCCAGGAUCCAGAGCAGCGAGAAACUGAGCGCCGUUAUUCGUGUCGUGGAGGGAGGAAGCGGCCUGAAAGUGGUCGCGCUGGCCAGACUGACCCCUAUACCUUUUGGGCUUCAGAAUGCAGUGUUUUCGAUUACCGAUCUCUCAUUACCCAACUAUCUGAUGGCAUCUUCAGUUGGACUGCUUCCUACCCAGCUUCUGAAUUCUUACUUGGGUACCACCCUGCGGACAAUGGAAGAUGUCAUUGCAGAACAGAGUGUUAGCGGAUAUUUUGUUUUCUGUUUACAGAUUAUUAUAAGUAUAGGCCUCAUGUUUUAUGUAGUUCAUCGAGCUCAAGUGGAAUUGAAUGCAGCUCUUGUAGCUUGUGAAAUGGAACUGAAAACCUCUCUGGUUAAAGGCAAUCAACCAAAUAUCAGUGGCUCUUCAUUCUACAACAAGAGGACCCUAACAUUUUCUGGAGGUGGCAUCAAUAUUGUAUGAUUCUAGUGAAAUGUAUGGUUGUCACGAGCCUAGUAUGCUGUCCUGAGUCUUGCAGUCAGUUGACUAAUGGACAGAGAGACAAGUUCUAAUUGUAUUACGGCACAGACAAAACUGACCCGUUUUUAAAUUGCACAAUUUUUUUAAAGCAAGAAUCAUUUUCUGGAUAUGUAAAUGUAUAUGUAGAUGCAAUUUUGGCUGUACCUCUUUCUCACUUAUCAUGCCCGUAAUGACCUGUAGGUCUGCACUUUAGUGUUUUUUAAUUGUUUUAUUUCUGGGUACUGAUGAACAGAGAAAUAACCCAAAUAUUUUUCUGCUUAGUGUCUGUAUUUAUAAAAUCCAGUAUAAGUUGUUUGUAUAGGUCCUACUUAUUAAAGAUGAGUAAAAGUAUGCAAUUUUAAGUAUAUGAUAUAAUUGGGUGUUCCUUAUUUUGGUCGUCUUUCCAGACAGGUAAAUGGUGUUUUUUGUUUUGUUUUAUUUUAAAUGGGACAACUUUGUGUCCCUGUUUUCUUUUUAGUUAGAAAACACAUUGCCUUUAGGUUAAAUGUAUUUUUGCAAGUCGUCAUGUUAUUGCAGGUACAUGUACACAUAUCCACACAAGCUUAUAUCCUACAUUGUGGGACUGAAGUG